GAAUAAUUUCACAACGGUCGAUGUUAAUGUAUAGUUAACAAUAAUUAAAUCACGUAAUUUUGAUAAGAGGUUGCGGAAAAUGGGUGCAAUGAAAGAAAUUGAAGAUAGUGGCCAAUUGAAGAAAGAACGAAGAAAUACUUUGCCAGUGGUUAUAGAUAAAGCAAAUUUCGAAGAAGCCAUCGUAGCAACUGGAUUCGGAAAGUUCAACAUAAUUUUAUUGUUUUCUAUCAUACCUUCCUCAUUUUCACAAGCAUGCGAGCAAAUGGCGCUCUCCUAUGUCCUACCAGUAGCAGAAUGCGACCUUGAACUGACCUUGGCGCAAAAAGGCUUGUUAAAUGCAGUCACUUAUGCAGGCAUGAUAUCAAGUGGUCCGUUUUUUGGAAUCAUCUGCGACACAUUUGGCCGAAAGAAGUUAAUCAUCUACGGUUACUUUGUACACUUUUUAUGUUCCAUUGCAGCGGCUUCUUCGACGAGCGUUCUGCAAAUGAUGAUAGCCAAAUUUUUUUGUGGAUUUGUGUUUAAUGGUCCAUUUUCGGCAACAACUACAUAUUUAACAGAGUUCCAUUCGUCUGAAUAUAGAGCUAGAGUACAGCUUAUUAGAGGAGUCACUUAUGCUUUAGGAUUUUUAUUGUUAUCAGGAGCCGCUUGGUUGGUACUGCCUACAGCUUUCAGCAUAACCAUAUUCGGAUCACUCAAUAUACAUUCCUGGAAUCUAUUUCUGUUAUGUUGCGCCUGCUCACCUUUAUCAGCUUCAAUACUGUUCACAUUCAUGCCAGAAAGUCCAAAAUUCCUGAUGAGCAUCGGUAGAAACGAAGACGCCCUCAAAGUGUUCCAAAGUGUUUACAGCAUGAACUCAGGAAGACCGAAAACAGAUUUCCCUGUAAAGCAACUGAUCAGCGAGUUAAAAGGCGAAGACACAGUUAAAGAUAAAAGUGUUAAAGAAUUCAUCAGCAAAGGUUGGGCAAGAAUCUCUCCUGUGUUUUUACCACCCUAUAUUUACAGACUGGCAUUGGCAUGUACUGCAGCCAUGACUAUCUUAACUGGAUUGCACACCAUAAAAUUGUGGGUGCCUCAAAUCUUGCAACUAGCCAAUGAUUACCAGCAAGCCCACAAUGGAUCCAGCACAAAUGUUUGCGGCAUCAUGAGUAUUUUGACGGAAAAUAAGACCGGGUCUGAGAAUGAGACUUGUCAUGUGACAACAGAAAAUUCAUUCGUCUACAGCAAUUCCAUGAUUAUUAAUGGGGUUGGAAUGGGUUUUUUCAUUAUAUCCGGAUUUUUUGUGAAUUUGUUGGGAAAAAAGAACAUUAUGAGAGUUUUGACAGCAGCUGCGUCAGUAUCUGCAAUAGGAUUAUAUUUUGCUCCGAAUUCCGCGGUUUUGAUAUCAUUAUUCAGCGUGUAUAUUUCCUGCCUGGAUCUUACAGGCGUGAUGGCUAUGACAAUUACUUUGGAGAUGUUCCCAACGCAUUUUAGGGCCAUUGCUCUUUCGUUUCAUCUGAUGUUUGCUAGAGUAGGAUCAUUAUCAGCAAAUCUGCUCUUUUCCACUCUUGUUGGAGCAGGAUGUCUAACUCCAUUCCUGUUUUGCUGUUUGUUGACAGCAGCUCUACCUUUUCUUAUCACUUUGUAUCCAAACACAGAAAACAAGGCGCUUAUGUGAUAAGUAGAUUAUUAUGAAAAAAUUAUACUAAGUCAGUGUCAGUGGAUGUGAUUUGAUUUUAAGAUUAAUUUUUACUGUAAAUUAAACGCACCUU